AUGGUCGGAUGCCGCCUGAGGAGUCCGAGCAAAGGUCCCCGUCCGCAGCAGGGCGAAAGUGAGCGCCUGCAGCAGGUGCAGGACCUGAGGCUGGAGGAUGUCCCGAUCUACGGGAGGACCCACAGAGGCCCUAUCGUGACAGACAGGAGCCAUAGUCCAGAGAGGCAGCCAAAGUGGGCAACGGGCUCCCACUGUGCCAAGCUCGGCACGGGCCACGGCCGGGGCCACGAAUCCUCCAUGAAGAAACUUGUGGUCUGCGUGAGCCAGGACAACUUCUCCUUGUCGUCGGAGGGUGAGGAGGAGGGAGAGCCAGAGGGAGAGGCGGAGGAACUCCCGGUGCAGGGCAAGCUGCUGCUGCUGGAGCCUGAGUGGCAGGAGGAAGGUGCCAAAGACGACUCUGUGGUCCAGAAGAACCCCAAGCCCAAGCAGACGCAGUCCUGA